AUGGUCCGUUUCCCUGCACGGAGCUGGUGCCGGAGUUCCUACGUGCUCCAGGCCCCGGAAAUACCUCCACCUUGCCUGGGCCCAGAGUCACAGGAGACCCUGCAGAAGAUGAAGAAUGUUCUGGAACAAUGUAAGACCUGCCCAGGCUCUCCAGCAUCCAGCAACGUGAGCUUGCAGGACCCCGAGGAGCCCUCCUUCUGCUUGGAAGCUGAGGACGACUGGGAGGACCCAGAGGCCCUGAGCUCACUGCUGCUGUUCCUGAAUGCCCCCGGGUACAAGGCCAGUGACGUGGCGCUGCCAUGGCUGAGCAGCGUGUUCUGCAGCUUUAGCGACGAGGAGCUGACUGGGCGCCUGGCACAGGCCCGAGGGGUGGCCAAGAAAGCUGGCCUCGUCAUGGCCCUGGCCAGGCUCUGCUUCCUCCUGGGGUGGCUGUGCAGCAGGAGGCUCAAGCUGUCCCAGGCCUGGGUGUACUUUGAGGAAGCACCGGGGGCCCUGGAGGGCAGCUUUGGGGACCUGUUCCUGGUGGUGGCUGUGUACACCAACCUGGCCAGCAUUUACUGGAAGCAGAAGAACUGGGAGAAGUGUACACAAGUGGUUCCCAAAGCCAUGGCCCUGCUCCUGGGGACGCCUGGCCACAUCUGCAGCACCGAGGUGGAGGGGGAGCUCCUACAGCUGGUGCUGCGGCAGGCGGUGGGUGGCCAGAGCCUGCAGGCUGAGGCCCGGGCCUGCUUCCUGCUGGCCAGGCACCGCGUGCACCUCAAGCAGCCCGAGGAGGCCCUGCCCGUCCUAGAGCGGCUGCUGCUUUUGCACAGGGACUCGGGAGCCCCAGAGGCUGCAUGGCUCUCAGACUGUCACCUACUCCUAGCUGACAUCUACAGCUGCAAGUGCCUGCCCCACCUGGUGCUGAGCUGUGUCAAGGUGGCCUCAUUGAGGACACAGGACUCGCUGGCCGGCUCGCUGAGGAGCGUGAACCUGGUGCUCCAGAACAUCCUCCAGCCCCACAGCCUGCCCACCCAAACUUCCCACUACCUCAGGCGAGCGCUGGCCUCCCUAACCCCGGGCACAGGCCAGGCGCUGCGCGGCCUUCUCCACGCCAGCCUGGCCCAGCUGUACAGCCACCAUGGCUACCACGGCCCGGCCAUCACCUUCCUGACGCAGGCGGUGGAGGCCAGUGCUGUUGCCGGAGUCCGUGCCAUCGUGGACUGCCUGCACGUGCUUCAUGGGCAGAGCCCAGGCCUGGACAUCCUGCACUCUGUCCUGGUGGCCAGCGAGGACCAGGAGGGCGUGAUUGCCAACAUGGAGGCCAUGGCUCUGAAGAGGACGGGCCGGAUGAGGCAGGCAGCCAAGGGCUACUACCGUGCCCUACGGGUGGCUCGGGACCUGGGCCAGCGGAGGAACCAGGCAGUGGUGCUGGCCAACUUCGGGGCCCAGUGCCUGCAUGUGGGUGCCAGCAGGCUGGCCCAGCACGACCUCCUGGAGGCCAUGAGGCUGUUCUCGAGGCUGCCCUGCGGAGAAUGUGGCCGGGGCUUCACCCACGUGCUCCUGCAGCUGGGCCACCUCUGCACCCACCAGGGCCUGGCUCAGCAGGGCAAGGGCUACUAUGAGUGGGCCUGUCUGGUCGCCGUGGAGAUGGGCCACGUGGAGAGUGAGUGCCCCAGUUCCUCCUGUGCACCUUCCGGGGCCACUUGGGUCAGGGCACACCUGGGGUUUGUGAUUCAGAAACAAGUGGUGGUUUUUCCACCAUCGAAAGUGCUGAGUCAGGGCCAACAGCAGAUGUUGGCAAGCGCCCUGGAGACAGGGCCUACAUCCUCUCUGGACUACACCAAACGAAGUCUGGGGAUUUUCAUUGACCUCCAGAAGAAAGAGGAGGCGCAUGCCUGGCUGCAAGCAGGGAAGAUCUAUUACAUCCUGCGGCAGAGCGAGCUGGUGCGAGGAACUUCUGCCUUCUUUCACGGGGCACAGAAUGUGGCCCUGUACACAGGCGACCCGAACCUGGGGCUGGAGCUGUUUGAGGAAGCUGAAGACAUCUUUUUCAAUGGGGCCUGGGAGCGGGAGAAAGCCGUGUCCUUCUACCGGGAACGGGCGCUGCUCCUGGCAGUGACUACGGGCAACUGCAAGGCGGAGCUGUGGCUAUGCAAGAAGCUGGUGGCACUGCUGGCCACGCUGGAGGAACCCCAGGAGGGCUUGGAGUUUGCCCACAUGGCCCUAGCACUCAGCAUCACUCUGGGGGACCGGCUGAACGAGUGCAUGGCCUACCACCGGCUGGCUGCCCUGCACCAGCAGCUGGGCCAUGGCAAGCUGGUGGAGCACUUCUACCUCAAGGCCCUGUCGCUCGAGACCUUCUACUACCUGAAGGUGUACCUGGUGCUCGGUGACAUCAUCUAUGACCUGAAGGACCCAUUUGAUGCAGCCAGGUACUACCAACUGGCACUGGCAGCCACCGUGGACCUGGGCAACAAGGAGGCACAGCUGAAGGUCUACACGCGGCUGGCCACCAUCUACCAGAACUUCCUCCUGGACCGCGAGAUCCUCCUCUUCUACCAGAAGGCCAGGACCUUCGCCACAGAGCUCAACGUCCGCAGGGUCCACCUGCCGCCUCUGCCACUCUGCGGGUGGGCCCCCUGGUUGGCCCCCAGCCACCCUCGCUGAGGACAGCAUCCGAGGGAGUGGGUUUUGUGCAAGGAGAAUGGUCUCCUGCCUCUCCUGGUGUCUCCCGUGGCUCAUUUUCUGGGAAAUGGAGGCAUGAAAGCAGGGGUCAUAAUUGCAAUAAAGUUUUUUUU